CGUGAUACUAAUACUGCUAAGAAUAUCGUUGAAUGUCGCGCACUGGUCAUAUCGUUGCUAUAUAAAUUAAUAUAAGUGUUAUUUUUAAACUAAUGUUUAUGAUUUUUUUCGUUUGAAGCGUAUUGUGAACAUUGAUCGUUUUGUACUCCUUAAGUGGAUUAAUUUACUCGGGAUUUUUGGUGAAUGUGUUGAGACAAUGGUGUAUCGAUUAUUUUGCGCUAACGGAAUGUCAUCCCGGUGCCGUGAUGUUAAUAUUAGAAGUCUAUGUUUGUGACCACGAUUACUAUUGUCUAGGCAUCUACGCGUUUUAUAUUGAGCUUGUAACUUCAAUUAAGAGUGGGUGACCAAAAUAGUGUCGACGCUUCUCAUUCGGAUAAAUAUCGUCCGCUCCUUGACAAUAUCUAUUUUGAACAUUUCGUACCUACUAAAAAAGAAAAUCGUGCUCAAAUAUUACGCAGUAAGUUGCCUAUUUGGAGCAAAUAAAGUAAGUAAAUUGUGUCAAUCAUGGCCAAUCCAAAUCGUGAAAGUGUUAGCACUCGUUUUUCCGAUAAUUAUGACCUGAAAGAAGAAUUAGGUAAGGGAGCGUUUUCAAUAGUGAGACGAGCUGUUCAAAAAUCGACUGGAUAUGAAUUUGCGGCCAAAAUUAUUAACACUAAAAAACUCUCGGCUAGAGACUUUCAAAAAUUAGAAAGGGAGGCGAGAAUUUGUCGAAAAUUACAGCACCCUAAUAUCGUAAGAUUACAUGAUUCCAUUCAAGAGGAACAUUUUCAUUAUCUCGUAUUUGACCUUGUUACUGGCGGUGAAUUGUUUGAAGACAUUGUGGCUCGUGAAUUCUACUCCGAAGCUGAUGCAUCUCAUUGUAUACAACAAAUUCUAGAAUCUGUACAUCAUUGCCAUCAUAAUGGAGUUGUGCACAGAGACUUAAAACCGGAGAAUCUUUUACUGGCCAGUAAAGCUAAAGGAGCUGCUGUAAAACUGGCAGAUUUCGGUUUAGCCAUUGAAGUGCAAGGUGAUCAGCAAGCGUGGUUUGGAUUUGCAGGGACACCGGGUUAUCUGUCCCCAGAAGUUUUAAAGAAGGAGCCUUAUGGAAAGCCAGUAGACAUUUGGGCGUGUGGUGUAAUUUUAUACAUUUUGCUUGUUGGAUAUCCACCAUUCUGGGAUGAAGAUCAACAUCGAUUAUACGGACAAAUUAAGGCCGGAGCCUACGAUUAUCCAUCACCUGAAUGGGAUACUGUGACACCUGAAGCUAAAAGCCUCAUAAAUCAAAUGUUGACUGUUAAUCCAAGUAAGAGAAUCACAGCUUCAGAAGCUCUAAAACAUCCAUGGAUUUGUCAUCGCGAACGUGUUGCUUCAGUAAUGCAUAGGCAAGAAACCGUAGAUUGCUUGAAGAAAUUCAAUGCACGUCGUAAAUUAAAGGGUGCAAUUUUAACAACUAUGUUAGCCACUCGCAACUUUUCUGGCAAAUCCAUGGUAAACAAGAAAGGCGAUGGAUCCCAGGUAAAAGAAUCGACUGAUAGCAGUACUACUCUGGAAGAUGACGACUUGGAUAAAGAUAAAAAGGGUGUAGAUCGAGCUUGCACUGUAAUUUCUAAGGAACAUGAUGAAGAAGGAUUAUCCAAAGCAGAUUCAUUUGGCAAAGCUCGUGGUGAUAGCAAUGCUUCAUUGCGUCGUGCUGAAGUAAUUAAAAUCACUGAAGUACUAAUAGAUGCUAUUAAUAAUGGUGACUACGAAACAUAUUCCAAAUUAUGUGAUCCCAAUGUAACUGCGUUCGAUCCCGACGCACUAGGCAACCUCGUGGAGGGAGUAGAAUUCCACAAAUUCUUUAUUGAUAACACUCCCACCCACGUCAAAACUAAUACAACUAUAUUAAAUCCUAGAGUGCAUCUUCUCGGGGAUGAUGUAGCUGUUAUAGCAUAUGUCUGCGUGACCCAAAGUGUGGAUGCCGAAGGAAGACGUGCUACACACCAGUCACAGGAGACUCGUAUAUGGCACAAACGCCACAACAAGUGGACAGCAAUACAUUUUCAUCGCUCCUAACUAGUCCCUUCUUACCAAUCUUUGGCGCCAAAGGAAUAUGGUCUCUUAAAGAAAAUUUUAUGUAACGGUGACGCGAUUGCGACAAUUGUAACUCUUCAAAGUAUUGAAUAAAAGAGACCAUAAAACAUCCUUAGGAAGCUAUUGAUAUAAA